AUGUCAUUAGACAACAUUGUUCCCCAACGUAGAAUCUUUACUAAUCAUGAUUUGGAGCUAUUUUGCUCAUCACAUACAUAUGAGGAUAUCUUUGGCUUCAUUUGCAUGCUUAAUAAUCAAGUUCAAGGUAUUCCUACAUCAGAAACAUUCGAUCUUUCACAAAAUGUUCUGUAUAUUCUUUCUAUGUUAGAACAAAUUCAUUCACUAAUUGAUCGUCAUCCUCCAAUACAAAAUAACAAAUCAAGAUUUGGGAAUGCAGCAUUUCGUUCAUUUUAUGAUGAUAUGGAGAAAUCUGCUCAAGAUAUGCAUACAUGGUUUUCAUUACCAGAAAAUACUAUAAUAGAAGUUUCAAAAUAUUUCACAGAAUCAUGGGGAAAUAAGAUGAGAAUAGACUACGGAAGCAUUCAUGAACUUCACUUUAUUUCUUGGCUAUUUUGUUUAUAUAAAAUAAACAUUUUAACAGACUUAGAUGGAAAAGCUCUUAUAAUUAGGGUUUUUAACAGAUAUAUUCUAGUAAUGCGCAGAAUUCAAACAGUAUACUGGUUGGAACCCGCAGGAUCACAUGGCGCUUGGGGACUGGAUGAUUAUCACUUUCUUCCUUUUCUUUUUGGUUCAGCACAACUUAUAAAUCAUAAGUACAUACGACCACGGUGCAUCCAUGAUAAUGAUAUACUAGAAGAAUUUUCCAAAGACUUUAUAUAUUUAGAUUAUAUUCGGUUUAUUAACUCUAUAAAAACAGUAUCAUUACGUUGGCAUUCACCUAUGCUAGAUGACAUUUCCAUCGUUAAGCAAUGGAAAAAUGUUAAUAUAGGCAUGCUUAAAAUGUAUAAAGCAGAAGUCCUAAGUAAAUUUACAAUUAUGCAACAUUAUCUAUUCGGACGCCUAAUUCCAGCCGCUGAGGGCAUGACUCAAAAUAAUCAUAAUAAUAUAGCGGUAACUCAAUGCAACAAUACUUGGGGAGAUUGUUGUGGUAUUCGUAUUCCAAGCAUGAUAGGUGCAGCUAGUAUAGAUAAAAAAGAUAAACUACGAGUCAUAAAUGGCAUAUUUAAAUCGUGA